GUCAUCUGGGGUAAGAGCCAACGCCCUGCCCACCCCGGCGGCACUCCCCUUCCGCAACUAUAAAGGCCUUUGGCCGCGGCUCUUCUUCCUACACCUCGCGCCCCGCUUCCCGGAGCCCGUCCAGUGCGGAGCCGUCUUCACCAUGGAGCAGCUGAGCACAGCAAACACCCAGUUCGCGGUGGACAUGUUCCACGCUAUGAAUGAGGACAGUCCUACUGGGAAUAUAUUCUUCUCUCCCUUAAGCAUUUCAUCAGCAUUGGCCAUGAUCUUUCUGGGGACUCAAGGUGCUACUGCAGUACAGGUGUCCAAGGCUCUUCAUUUUGAUACAGUUGAGGAGAUUCAUUCAAGAUUUCAGAGUCUGAAUGCUGAUAUCAACAAACGCGGAGCCUCCUAUAUUCUGAAACUUGCUAAUAGGUUGUAUGGAGACAAGAACUAUAAUUUCCUCCCUGAAUUCUUAGCUUCAACUCAGAAAAUGUAUGGUGCUGACUUGGCCAGUGUAGAUUUUCAGCAAGCCUCUGAAGAAGCAAGGAAGGUGAUUAAUGAGUGGGUCAAAGGGCAGACAGAAGGGAAAAUCCUGGAACUAUUGGCUCCAGGUGUGGUUGACAGCAUGACUAAGCUUGUGCUAGUGAAUGCCAUCUAUUUCAAAGGGAACUGGGAGGAGGAGUUCAUUAAGGAAGCCACUGACAAUAAGCCCUUCCGCUUGAAUAAGAAAGAGACAAAAAUGGUGAAAAUGAUGUAUCAAAAGAAGAGAUUCCCAUAUGGCUACAUCGAGGACCUUAAGUGCCGCGUGCUAGAACUGCCUUACCGAGGCAAGGAACUCAGCAUGAUUAUCCUGCUGCCAGAUGACAUUGAGGAUGAGUCCACAGGUCUCAAGAAGAUUGAGGAACAAUUGACUUUGGAAAAACUGCGUGGGUGGACCAAAGCUGAGAAUCUGGAUCGCAUUGAAGUCAAAGUCUACUUGCCCAGGUUCAAGCUGGAAGAGAGCUACGACCUUAACUCCCACCUAUCCCGCCUGGGUAUAAAGGAUCUUUUUAGUAGCAGCAAGGCUGAUCUGUCCGGCAUGUCAGGAGCUAGAGAUCUUUUCAUAUCAAAAAUUGUCCAUAAGUCCUUUGUGGAAGUCAAUGAGGAGGGCACAGAGGCGGCGGCUGCCACAGCAGGCGUUGCCACCUUUACCAUGCUGAUGCCCGAGGAGGAAUUUGUUGCCGACCAUCCAUUCAUUUUCUUUAUUAAGCAUAAUCCCUCUGCUAACAUCCUGUUCUUGGGCAGAUUGUCUUCCCCUUAGAAACUGGAAAUACAAGGUCAUGCUUAGAGCUUUAUUACUUGCACUUUCAAUGGUGACAAUUUUCAUAUAUCUUUACCAAUAAAACUACCAUCUGAAUAAAGA